UUCUGCACACCUUCAAAGCCACAGCGCUUCCUGCGCCGGCACAUCUGCGGUAUAUAAAGUGGCCAGUCAGCCGGCAAGCUGAGUUCUUCCCAGUUUGCGUGCAGUAUAGUAAACGUCAAGAGACCAUCGCUCUGUUUUUCUCAGAAUCGGGAGAUAUCACUUCUUAUCAAAUAUAUUUCAGCACCAUAACCUGACUAACCACAAACAUAAGAUCCAUCCAUCCAUCCCCGUGGAAUAUAACGGAGUUGAAAACCUGAAUCAUUAAUCAUGCAUGAAAGUUACCUUGCCAUCGAUAUCCUGCUAUUAUGCAUAUCUUGCGGAGCAAGUGCUUGGGCAGCGUACAAGCCCUCGGCGUCUUCGACCAUUCCAAUUACCAAUUUUACCGAUAUUGGCGCAGCCAUGAACUUUCGCGCUGAGACCGUGAGCUUGCCGAAAACCAGACGGAAGCGCUACAUCUCCCAAAACGACAUGCUUGCCAUUCUCGAUUACCACAACAAAGUCAGAGGGAAAGUUUUUCCUCCGGCUUCCAACAUGGAGUAUAUGGUUUGGGAUGAAACGCUGGCCAAAACCGCCGAGGACUGGGCUGCUACUUGUUUGUGGGAACACGGGCCCCGCAGUCUGCUCAGAUUUCUGGGUCAGAACCUCUCGGUCCGAACUGGCCGCUAUAGAUCCAUCCUCCAGCUGGUGAAGCCGUGGUAUGAUGAGGUGAAGGACUACUCGUUCCCCUACCCGCGCGACUGCAACCCCAGGUGCCCUUUAAAGUGCUACGGGCCCAUGUGCACCCACUACACACAAAUGGUGUGGGCGACCUCAAACAAAGUGGGCUGCGCCAUCCAUACCUGUCACAACAUGAACGUAUGGGGCUCGGUAUGGAAGAGGGCAACCUACCUUGUGUGCAACUAUUCUCCCAAAGGGAACUGGAUUGGGGAGGCCCCGUACAAAGUGGGCGUGCCGUGCUCCAUGUGUCCCCCCAGCUAUGGGGGUUCCUGCAGUAACAACAUGUGCUUUCCUGCUGUGAACUCCAACUAUCUGCACUGGUUUAAAUAAACACACCAGUGCCGACGCGACACGCACACAGACAGCCUCUUGACCCAGAUCCUCCCAUCCCAUGUUCCUGCUCUUCUCCCCAUCCCCAUUCCAGAGACUUCUUUUUCUCCCAAGGAUUUGCACAGCAUUCCUGGAUGUAUCCUCGUUUGUAUGUAUAUAUGGGCCUAUUUAAAAUAUGACCCUACGUUGUAAGGCAACAGUCAUCUGCAAUGAAAGAUAACAAAAAAUCUGUAUGAAUGUUACUGUUUUAUCUUCGGUUACUGUUGUAUUGGUAUUGCUUAAAUAUGUAUGUUGCCUUCACCAUGGGGAUAGGUUAAUUUGUAUAUUGUUAUAUACACCGUAAUUUCAUCACUGUUUGAAAUGGUGCUGAAUUAACUCUGUUGUAUAGGACAGUCAAACGCAUGUUGCUGCUAAAACAGUUCCAUGGUGCUAUGGAUGGUGCAUUCUAGUGAUGGUGCUGUUCACUUCAUUCAGCCAGCCGUCCAGCUAACAAACUCACAGGAUUGUCUCAAGACAUUGUU